AUUUAUUUUGAGUUGUUGUGAGAUUCCUGUGGUUUGAAUAUAACAGGGCAAUUCCACUUGAGGCGAUAGUACUUGCUCUUCAACUGCGUAGGCCGCAGCAAAAGGUUGUUCAGGGCAUCUCUAUAGUCGAGGUAAUUUUCCCACCCAAAAAACAUGAUACACCUCAUCACCGACCUGAAAUUCACAUGCAAAAAGUAAUUUCGGUCAAGUCAGCUGUGCCAAUAUACCAAUUCCAUAUUAUCGCACCUCAUAUACACAGCAACCCAUUUGGUGCGUAGUACCCAGUCCCACCAAUCACAUCAAACGAAUCACGUGCCAAGCCUACUCUCCACCCGUUUAACCGCAAUCUUGUCAUCACAAACUCAUCCAUGAACACCCAACAACGCCCAUAACAUCCUCGCCACAUCAAAAGGAGAAUGCCCCCAACAACACAACAAGUCCGCCCAGGUGCAGGCGUCCACAUCGUUCUGAAAAAAGACCAACCGACAGGCCGCACAGUUAGCGGUAUUGUCAGUGAAUUAUUGACGCGGGGUAAUCAUCCGAGGGGGAUUAAAGUCCGCUUAACGGAUGGGAGAGUUGGGAGGGUUCAGGCUAUGAAUACUAAUCUUAGCUCUAACUCUAAUCUUGGUGGUACGGAAGGUAUGGGUGUUGAGCAAGAGGACCCGGAGCAGGGAAGUUCCUGGGGAGGUAGAGGUGGACGGAGAGGUGGACGGAGAGGUGGUAGGAGGGGCGGAGGAAGAGGUUACCUUGGUGGUGGCGGGGAUGAAGGAGAGGUGCCGGCGGAGAGUGUGGGCUUGGAUGCGUAUGUUGCUCCUGGAUAUGGAGGGAGACAGAGGGGGAAGAAUGGUAGGGGCAGGGGUGCUGAUGACGGAGUGCGUGAUAUGGGUGAGGUUGUUGCUGGUGUGGAUGGAGUUUGUAGUAUGGAUGCAGGGGUUAUACGGUGUCCGGUCUGUGAAGCUUUUGAGGGAGAUGAAGCUGCUGUUGCGCAUCAUGUUGCGGAGCACUUUGAUUGAGAUAUUCUGGGAUGUUUUCGGGGAAUAUUUUGAGUGGUCGUGAAUACGAGAUGGAUGAUCCAGAUGGGUUCAUAUCCGUUUCAUACCUGGCUAUCUGAAUUUGGCGACAUAAUACCACUUU